UGGGAAUACUUUACUCGUAUUUACACACUUAAGUUUGAAUUUGUUGAAUUUUUUUUAAAAAAAGUUCAAAUUUUUAGUGAUUUUUAGAAAUAAGCCAAAACACAGGGUGUUACAUAACGUGAUUUAUUCAUUUGAACCGUGAGGUAGUUCACAAUUAAUCAUACACAGAUACAUAUGGUUUGGUUUUAUGACUUUUUAAAAAUACAACAAAUGGAAUGUACUGUCCUAACAAAUCACAUAUACUGUUCUGACAAAUCACACAUAAAUGUUGAACAUCUUUGUAAAUUGUUGAGGAAUCAGAAAUUAUUGUGUCAGAUUUUUCAUAUAUUUUUGCAUGGGUAAUAAUGUAAGUAUAUUAAGUUGGUUACCACAACAACUUAUGGUUCACAAAUUGCUAAAUUAAAUCUUUUUAAAUUGAUGGGUGCGUAUAAAGGAAAAAAAACUGUAAAUCUACAUUGCAUGAAGGAAAAAUGGUUUAGAAAAAAGGUAAUUAAAGAAAUGGCUAUUGAACCUUAAUGAGUCAUGCACUUCGAGGGUUAGACAUAUGCCUACGACCGUCUCGCCGUCGUCUCCACGGCUCCAACUCUAAACCCAACGAACCCAGCAGACACGACGACCAGGGUUUUGCCGCCGCCAUGGCGACGCCUCGACCUCACCUCGCCCGCCUCCUCCUCCACCUCCGCCGCCGAAGCCCCAAGAUCCCACCACCCUUCUCCGCAUCCUCCUCCCGUCACGGCCUCCUCCCGGGGCCCUCUCUGUGGCCGACGCUGCCGGCGCCUCCGUCACCCGGCGGCGCGUGGCGGCGCGCGUUCCACGAUGGGCGGCCGCGCGGGCCGCUGUGGCGGAGCAAGAAGCUGAUCGGGAAGGAGGCCCUGUUCGCGAUCCAGGGCCUGAAGCGGUUCAAGGGGGACGAGGAGAAGCUGGCGGAGUUUGUGCGGCGGCACGUCGCGCGGCUGCUCAAGGCCGACAAGCUCGCCGUGCUCGGCGAGCUGGAGCGCCAGGAGGAGGUCGAUCUGGCCGUCAAGAUGUUCAGGAUCAUACAAAAGGAGGACUGGUAUAAACCAGAUAUUUACAUGUACAAAGACUUGAUUAUUGCAUUAGCCAAGUGCAAGAAGAUGGAGGAAGCAAUGGUAAUCUGGGGGAACAUGAGAGAUGAGAACCUUUUUCCUGACUCACAGACUUACGCUGAGGUCAUAAGAGGAUUCUUGAGAUACGGUUCCCCAUCAGAUGCAAUGAAUAUUUAUGAGGACAUGAAAAAGUCACCUGAUCCACCGGAAGAGUUGCCUUUCAGGGUGUUGUUGAAGGGUCUUUUACCUCACCCGUUGCUAAGAAACAGAGUGAAGCAAGAUUUCGAAGAGUUGUUCCCAGAGAGGCAUAUCUAUGAUCCUCCAGAAGAAAUAUUUGGCAUGCGCUGAGGUACAGGUUUUUAUGGCCGUAGUAACCUGAUGAGCUAAAAGUUAGAUCAGUCAGUUGUUCCACAUAUUAUUUCAUUGCUUGCAUCUCAAGAACACUCUCCAGAAUAUGAUUUUGUAGUGGAAAAAUUUUAGGUCAUAUACAGAGUGAAUGUGUGUGUUUAUGGAUUGGAUGGUCGUGUUGCAGAGAGGCAAUAAAUGCACAGGAUGGAAAAGGAUCA